GUUUCACUCUUCUCUCUCUCUCUCUCUCUCUCUCUCUCUCUCUCUCUCUUUCUUUGAAGGUCACAAGUCACAACUCAGAACCCAACAAAAGACCAGAAUACGACGAUUUCAUUUUGGGCAAAAAAUUGUAGAUAAGAAUCCCAACACACCGUAGCACCCUCUUCCCUGUAAUCCAGCAUCUAAUUUGAACCAAUGGAUGGUACAGCUGCAAGAAAGUCUCAAAAGGCUGACCGAGAAAAAAUAAGGAGGGAUCGACUCAAUGAACAAUUUGUAGAACUCGGCAGCAUUUUGGACCCUGAUAGGCCUAAAAAUGACAAAGCAACCAUUCUUGGUGAUACAAUUCAAUUGCUGAAGGAUCUUACUUCUCAAGUUGGUAAACUCAAAGAUGAAUAUGCUGCACUAAAUGAAGAAUCUCGUGAAUUGGCUCAAGAGAAAAACGAUCUCAGGGAAGAGAAGGCUUCUCUUAAAACAGAUAUUGAAAACUUGAAUAAUCAGUAUCAGCAGCGACUGAGGAACAUGUUUCCUUGGACUGCAAUGGAUCAUUCAGUUAUGAUGGCUCCACCAUCAUACCCAUACCCAAUGCCAAUGGCUGUCCCUCCGGGUUCAAUUCCCUUGCAACCAUACCCAUUCUUUGCUAAUCAAAAUCCGUCUGUCAUCCCUAACCCCUGUUCAACAUUUGUUCCUUAUUUAGCACCAAAUACCCUUGUUGAACAACAAUCUGCCCAGUAUGUAUCUCCACCGUCUCAUCCAGGUACUCGGUCCCAUUUGUCAAGUAAACAUGACACCAGAAACAAACCACCCAGGGAUAGGGAGAGCAAAGCAGAAAAAAGUGAGGCUUCAAAUGAUGUCACCACAAACCUUGAGUUGAAGACUCCUGGAUCUUCUGCAGAUCAGGAUUUAUCGUCAGGAAAAAGGAAAUGCAGCAAGCCAUUGAGGUCAGAAGGGAGUUCAUCGUCACAUAGUGUUCAGGACAGCUCAUCAAGUAGUGUCGAUGGUAGCAGAAAGGCUAACGAAUGAGAACGGGCUUAUUUAUGCCUCCCUGUUUCAUUGUUCACCUGCUGGAACAACCCUGAGUUGGUUUUUGUUCUCAGCAGGGUGUAAUGUAAAUGUGAAUACUACCUAAUUGAUGUACCAAGAGAACAUAUAUUACCCAAUUCAAUGAAUCUUAAAGUUUCUCUUGUUGGAGAAAAGAGAUUGGCAGGUCUUGUUGCUGUGUUU